CAGUGCGCAGAAAGCCCGGCAGGCGCAGGCUGUAAUUGGAGGGUAAAAUGGCGCUGAGUUCUCAAGGAACAAAGAAGAAAGUUUGCUAUUAUUAUGACGGGGAUGUCGGGAAUUACUACUAUGGCCAGGGCCAUCCCAUGAAGCCCCACAGAAUCCGCAUGACCCACAACCUUCUGCUCAACUAUGGGCUGUAUAGGAAAAUGGAGAUUUAUCGACCUCAUAAAGCCAAUGCGGAAGAAAUGACCAAGUACCACAGUGACGACUACAUCAAGUUCCUCCGCUCCAUCCGCCCAGACAACAUGUCCGAGUACAGCAAGCAGAUGCAGAGAUUUAAUGUAGGGGAGGAUUGUCCUGUCUUUGAUGGCCUAUUUGAGUUCUGUCAGCUCUCAACAGGUGGAUCUGUUGCUGGUGCUGUGAAACUCAACAAACAGCAGACAGACAUUGCCAUUAACUGGGCAGGAGGUCUACAUCAUGCUAAGAAAUCCGAGGCAUCUGGAUUCUGCUAUGUCAACGACAUUGUACUGGCCAUUCUGGAGCUGCUCAAGUACCAUCAAAGAGUGCUUUACAUCGACAUUGACAUUCAUCACGGUGAUGGAGUUGAGGAAGCCUUUUACACAACAGACCGUGUCAUGACUGUGUCCUUCCACAAGUAUGGAGAGUAUUUCCCGGGUACUGGAGACCUCAGAGAUAUUGGUGCAGGCAAGGGGAAAUAUUAUGCUGUAAAUUACCCGCUCCGGGAUGGUAUUGAUGACGAGUCCUAUGAAGCCAUAUUCAAACCUAUCAUGUCCAAAGUGAUGGAGAUGUACCAGCCCAGUGCUGUGGUGCUCCAGUGCGGCGCCGACUCUCUGUCCGGAGAUCGAUUGGGCUGCUUUAACCUUACCAUCAAAGGUCAUGCCAAGUGUGUAGAGUAUAUGAAGAGCUUUAACCUGCCACUGCUCAUGCUGGGAGGUGGAGGCUACACCAUCAGGAAUGUGGCCCGCUGCUGGACCUUUGAGACCGCUGUAGCGCUGGACAGCACUAUUCCCAAUGAGCUCCCAUACAAUGACUACUUUGAGUAUUUUGGACCUGAUUUCAAGCUCCACAUCAGCCCCUCCAACAUGACCAAUCAGAACACAAAUGACUACCUGGAAAAGAUCAAGCAGCGUCUGUUUGAGAAUCUGCGGAUGUUGCCUCACGCUCCAGGCGUUCAGAUGCAGGCCAUCCCGGAGGAUGCAGUUCAGGAAGACAGCGGAGAUGAAGAGGAUGACCCUGACAAACGCAUCUCAAUUCGUGCUCAUGAUAAGCGGAUAGCCUGUGAUGAAGAGUUCUCAGAUUCUGAGGAUGAAGGCCAGGGCGGACGGAGAAACGCAGCCAAUUACAAGAAGCCAAAACGAGUGAAGACUGAAGAAGAGAAGGAUGGAGAAGAGAAGAAAGGUGAGCCAACAGAUGUUAAAGAAGAGGAGAAAGCUUCAGAAGAGAAAAUGGACACAAAGGGGCCAAAAGAAGAACUAAAAACAGUGUGAGGUGGGGAAAAGGACUGGCGGUCCUCCUGGAUGCAUGUACUUAAGUCGUCAAACACCCUCAUCUUCAGACAUCAAACCCACAUUUACACACACAUGCUAGAUGUUAGCUCUAGUCCUGAGCUAAGGACUGUAAAUUAUUUUGUAAGACUCGUUUUACUAUUUGUAAUCUAAUGAAGCGGUAUAAAAGUUUUUACAUUUACAAGUGUGAAAUGACCAGAUGUGUUUUUGUUUUGUGCUUUGGAACCAUGUUUGUUUGCCUCCCUUAUGUUACUAUUUAGCGACGAUAGCACCUCAAACACAGGACCACAAAUAGCACAUAACUUUACUCUCCCAUCAUGGGACCCCCCCCCCCUCUCCUUUUCAAAUAAUUUUAAAAUCAUGGAUGGAGACGCUUAUUGGCCACUCUUACUUGGGUUUUCUCUGCAGAUGCUGUUUGGCGUCCGGUGUCCUUUACCUCGUUUUUAAGCGCUAAAUAUUUCGUUUUUAUUCUGGUGUCUGUCUCUUGAUGCCUACAUCUGUGCGGUGUGUAAGUACUCCGGUAUGGUCGGGGCAUGGCGAAGGCUUGCUGUAUUGCUGUUAGAUUCAAGAUUUUUCUUUCUGUUGUGCUUUAUUCUAGCAUGUCAGUCGCGCAGCUGACCAGACAUUUAGCCGUUUGGAUUUUCCAGAGUUCAGUGCUUGUGAAAUGUCCUUAUUAUAACAAUGAUUUUGGUAAAUAAAGAGAAGUUCUCUGA